AUGGGAAAUUUAUUUUCUCAUACAAAUCAAGAUGAGCAGUCAGGAAUCCCUCGUGAAGCUUUAGCAUUACGAAAUGAAGCUCGACAACUUCUGUCAGAAGCUCAAUUGUCUUCGAAACAAUCGCAAGAUGAAUACCAACAUGGUUGUCGAGCACGUGCCAAAGAAUUAUCGAUCAGAAAGAAUGCUUUUUACGCACAAAUGAAUGAUAAAAAUGAACAAGCGGCAAGAAUCAUCUUCCAGCAUUUCAAUCGAACUCGUCCAAAUAACGAAAUCGAUCUUCAUGGUCUUUAUGUGAAUGAAGCAUUGAAUUAUCUCGAGAAUAAAAUGAAUAAAAGCCGAUCGGAGAAUGUUUUACAACUGAAAGUGAUCACAGGAAUGGGAAAUAAUUCACCAAAUCGGAUUAGUAAAAUCAAACCACAGGUCGAAGAAUUCGUCCGGCGAAAUUCUUUACAAGCAACGAUCUAUCCCGGACAUCUUAUUAUCAAUUUAUUCACAUCUGAAAACUCGACAACGAAGAAUCCGUCAUCCAAUACAGAUCAAUGCAUUAUUUUAUAA